CUCCAUAACUUCCAGCACCCUUGAACUUGAACCCCUGGCUUGGGGAGACAAUAGUGAAUCAUAUGCUGCCUGAAUGGUGUAUUGAUGCCAUCUACAGGGCAGAAAGGUGUUUUCAGAAUAAAAGGUGCUACAGCAGCAGCAGGACUGACAGAGUUGCUUUCAGAGCUUCUGGAGUCUGAGAAUAAACCAGUACAGAAUGAUGGCAUCUGUAGCAUGUGGUCCACAGGAUUCCUCCACCGAAGAGCUUCAUUUGCAAAGGAGAGGACUGCGUCUUCCAUACCAGAUCUUUCCAGAGACAGCGGAAGACUGUGAGGCACUGGAGAGGCCAGUGGGUCAGAGAGGCCGCCUGCCGUCUAUAGUGGUGGACCCCACCCAGGUGAGCGAGGAGGAGAGAGGUGGGCUGCCGUGGCCUCUGCAGAGACACGCUUCUGUGUCCGAGGAGGAUGAUGAGUCUUUCCAGGAUUGUGCAUCACAGAACAGCGAAUCGGAACAAUCAGAGCAGGGGAAUGCAGAGAGCAGUGGAGAUGAGCGGGGGCUUCAUAUCAAUCAUUCACCAGCUAGUGUACAGCCUGGACUGAUGGACUGCUCUCGUCUCACUCCUCCACAGUCCCCCACCUCUCCCGAAGUAGCACCACCCUGCUUUAGAGGCUGAACCAUCACAAAAAUGAGAAAUGCAAGAAGAAAAGCUGCCUUAGGAGCUCCACACAGCAGUUCACACCUGUACUUCAUUCUUAAAGAUUAAAACAUAUUCAGCAUAUUUUCUUAUUUGAGGGAAAUGUAAUGGUUUCAGGCUUUAAGAUGCUAUUAAGUUUAAGAGUGGAGAACUUUUGCAAACAGAAAGUGCAGUUAAAUGGUUUUAUUUAUUUAUUUAUUUAUUUAUUUAGCUUUAGUUGAAGUUUCUAAGCAUAGUGAAUGAACUAUGACCUAACAUGAACUGUAAACCCACACAAGAACGGGGGUGCUUGAGGAGGCUUCCCCAGAUUUUAGGAUGAUUAUUUAGCUGCACCAGCUAAAAUUAAUUAAUAAUGAAUAAUCUGGGCAAAGUAAAGACCUGUGCGCUUGUUUUAUGAGGUCAAACACUGCUUAGGUUAAUGACGCAUUUUCAUCCCAGACAUGAUUCACCUCCAAAUCUUUUCCUCGCCAACUGCCGACCAUUUGGAUGCAUCUCACUAACACAUAGAAUGAUAGUGUAUUAUAAACCAGUCCUGUGACUGAAAGCGGCCUAAUAUACAUUGCUAUCAGCAAUGUUAUUGACCUCCUCUUAGCUGACUAGCAUGUGUAUCAGUGUUAAAUGUGUCUACACAUUAUGUUCUGUUCUAUUGAAGAUUCCACAGUGAAUGAUGUGCUGUAUAUGCUGCUUAAAAUUUCAGUGACGUUAUGUAUAAGUUCAAGCUAUUCUGUGAUUUUAUUUUCUAAGGAAGUUAUUUGUAUUAUUUUUCAUUUCUUUUUGUAGUUUUAGUGUUCUGGAGCAUUCUCUUUGUCUUUUUAUUGUGCUUCCUGCUUUCAUUGCCAUAAUGCAGAGAUUACACAUUAUAGCUUUUCUAAUAAAAUAUCUAUGUUUUCCUUC